AAAGAUGGGGGACUUUUAUAUGGAGCACGAUGAUAUAAUUUUUAUAACUACUUUUAUAAGAUUGGUAGCAAGGAGUUAACUACUAAACAGUUCUAUUCUAGCCCGUAGUUGCGUUCAUAAUACAUUUUACAUUUUUGGAUAUGGUAAUUUAGUUUUAACAUAAUGGUGUAAUAGUUUUGUAAAAAAGAAGAAGUUCAUAACCUCAUAAUUUUCCAAGUUAUAGUACCACAAAUAUGCACAACAUAUUCUUUACUUUUAUACGGAUUAUAAUUAAUUGUUUAUACAGAUAGGAGAGGCUAAUUAGUUUUAUAAUUAUGUCGCUGUCUAUCAGUAAUCUUCAAAGAUGCAAGUUUUUUUUAAAGCGCAAAAAGAGGAAUUGCAAAAUGUUGGUGAGCACAGGGGAAGAAUUGUGCGCUGAACAUCAGAUCCACUCAAAAAAUACAGAAGAUGGUAAAAUUAGAAUCCCGUGUCCUCUAGAUAAAAAACAUACAGUUUAUGCUCAUAAGCUAAAUAAACAUUUAAAAAUUUGUAAUGCCCGAGAAGGACCUAGUCAGUCCUUUAUUAAAAAGGAUAUAAAUUCAGGCAAGCAUGAAGAAGAAAGUGGGAUCUCAGACCAUCAUAGAUCUUUGUCUGAAUUUGCUGACACAGAUAUUUUGAAAGUAAUUGCAAAAGUUAAUAUUGUGUAUAAUAAGCAUAUAAAAGGGAAAAUAACAACAAAAAUAUCGACUCAUGAAGUUGUAGAUGGUCAAACAAAGUCUGAGUAUGGUGAUAAAACAAUUAAGCACUUAAAACAAGCAUCUUCAAUUUUGGGUUUAUUAAACAAAUACUGUUUGUUAAAGGAUAAUACAUGUUUUAUAGAAUUUGGUGCAGGGAGAGGCCAGCUUAGUUACUGGAUAGCUGAGGCGACUCAAACUAGUAACUUUACCAAACUGCUUUUGAUUGAAAGAGCUUCCCCAAAACAUAAACGAGACAAUAAACUGAACAAAUCCACUGGCAAAAUUCAAAGAAUUCGAGCAGAUAUUAAAGAUGUAGUUUUGGAUGAUAUAGAAAUCAUGGGUGAUGCAAAUUCAAUUGUAGGUGUAACCAAGCAUUUAUGUGGAGAAGCCACAGAUUUGGCUAUUAGAUGUAUGAUUAAUGCAGAAAAAUUAAAAGAUAAAAUUAGAGGGUGCCUUUUAACCUUCUGUUGUCAUCACAGAUGCCAGUGGACUGGAUUUGUAGGGAAAGAAUUUUUUCAGGCGAACAACUUGAUUGGACAAGAUUUUGAAAUUAUCUGUGGCCUCACUAGCUGGGCCACUUGUGGUAAUACCCACAGCAGGGAGUUCGAACAAGAAUCAUUUGAUGGAGAUACUAUUAAAAGGAUUAAAUUGGAUCUUGCUAGAGAAAGUGUUGGAAUUAAUAAAUCCCUUAUCAAUUCAAGAGGCAAUGCAGUAAUUAAUGAAGAGUAUGAACAUGAUAAAUCUACGACUGGAUACAAUGAGAAUGAGAAAAAGAGCCACGAAAAGAUCAAUCUAUCGCGAGGGGAACAGGAGGAGAUUGGAAGGAGAUGUAAAAAUAUUAUCAAUUAUGGGAGACUGCAAUUUCUCCAAAAGCAGGGGUUUAGUUGUUUUUUACAUUACUAUGUUGACCAGAGUGUUACUUUAGAAAAUGUUUGCAUUGUUGCGAAAAAAAUUGAAUAAAUGUU